AUGGUUACGACUCGAAGAUUGACAGUUAGACAUACGCCAUACUGUUUCCAUGAAAAGUACAAAAUCAAUACGACAGGUUCCGCUGACUUUCAAAGGACCAAUAAGGAGAAUAUUUUUCAAAAUUUGCCGUUUGGAAGUAACGAAUGGCUCUAUAAAUCAUCUGCCAUUUUUAAGCGGGUCAUUUAA